AUGCCGAGGUUUCGCGAUAUUUCGGCAGCAUAUGAGCUCAGCGAGCCCAGCAUCGCCAUCGGAGAAAAGCUGCGAUCAACUCUGAGCGCGAAGCUGGCUCAGUUCAGUGUUGAGCUCAUUAUCAAUGCAGACAUACAACGCAUAGACGAACGAAAGGGACACGCGCUUGUGACGUGGCAGUGUCGAGACUGCAACAUUUUCAUGACGAGAAGCGCGGACUUUGCUAUCGAUGCCACCGGCUAUCAGGCGUUCCCUGAACACGAGACGAUCAAGCGCACUCUGGGACUGAGCAUCGUCUAUCAAGCAUGCGUUGCGUUCGAAUACAGGGACAAGUCACCCGGCAGUCGCCCUAUAUCAUUCAUCGUGAUGGACGGUUGGUACCCGUGUCUGAUGCCUCACAUCGGAGAUAACAAGGAUGGCGAGGAUGAAAUAUUCAAUCGCUAUAUCCUCACACAUGGUUGUUACACGAUAUUGGGCACACAUGAAAGUCCGCAGAAGGCGCAGGCGGACGUGGAGAACGUCGAAUCAACCUCGGCCAUAAACGAGCUGAAGGCAGCUGCUGAAGCGGAAAUGUGUAGAUUUUGGCCAGACUUUGCACACCGCUUCGUCUAUGAGGGCUGGAAAGGACAGGUCUUAGCCAAACCUCGCGUGGAAACCGACUUUCGUAGUUCAUUGACCUUUGCAAAUGGACGUGUGGUACAUGUUGUACCCGGCAAGAUUAGCAACGUUUUCAAUGCAGCGGAUGAGACUUUGCAGCUGCUGGAAUUCGCAACACAGGGACAUGGGGAUGUCGUCAGUGUCGAUGCAGGUAUCGCAGUGGUCAACUCGAGCUCGCUGAUUACGGAGAAGGCCGAGCUGCAGAAGCCGUCUGACAAGAUGAGUGCUAGAGCGACCCAACAACCCAAGACCCACAGUCUGCCUUCUUCAUGGAGCUCACACGUCAACAAAGGAAGUUACAAGAUCGUCGAAAGAAUCACAACACCACCUUGCACAGAGCUAGUCAAAAUGACCCAUAAGUUGAAAGCUCUCGAUCCCACCACGUCGUACAUCUUCGACAAUGGCGCCGGAACAGGCAUUCUAACGACCCAACUCAAAGCCCACAACCCCAAUCUCAAAAUCUUCGCCACAGAUAUCAGUCCUGGCAUGAUUCGAUCCCUGCAAACCGCCGCCUCAGAGCACAACUGGUCCGACAUCGAAACAGCUGUAGCAGACAGCCAAGACCUGACUUCUGUAUCUCUGACCUCGACAACCAAAAAAGAAGAAAGCACACAAGGACUGCCGGGAACAAUAAGCCUUGCAAAUUCCACCUUCACCCACACCUUCUCAACUUUCAUGAUUGGAAGCGUGGAACAGCCUCAUCUCGCCAUAGCAGAAAUGUAUCGCGUCACAGCACCCAAUGGUAUCCUCGCCCUCGGUGCCUGGGCAGGAGCAACCUGGGGCGCAAUUUGGCAAAAAGCGGUGCGUCUUGCACUUGGUGAUGAAAAUUACGUUGCCCCGCGGAUCGUACACAAGGAUUGGAGCGAUAUUGAUGAUGUGAUCCGGGGUGUCGAAGCAGCGGGUUGGAAAGUACAGGAAUCGAAGAUCGAAAAGGCGCCUUGGGGAUGGAAGAAUGCAGACGAGGUCGAUGAGUAUAUUUUCGAGGGUGGGAAUCCGAUUGUGAAUCUUUUGAUGGAGGGGUUUGAGGGCGAGAAGUUGAAGGCGUGUCGAGAUAGCUUUAAGCGUGUGAUGCAGGAGGAGUAUGAUGAGGGCAGAGACCUGUGUGAGACGGCGAUUUUGUUGACUGCGAUCAAGAAGUGA